ACCGUAAAAAUCGAAUAAUAAUUUCUGGAGAAAUCUAGUAAGUAGGUAAACGGAAAAUGCGAUUUUCCCCUAUUUCCCGUGGAUUAAUCGUAAAUGGGAAAUUACCACGUACAUCAGGGACAAUUAGAGCAAUUAAUGCCGUUUUCCUUUUCUGGCUAAUAAUUUCCCGUGAAAACCCGGGGGCUUUCUUCGCAGUCCUAGUAUAUAGGGGGCGACGCCGAAUUGUGACUUAUUUUGUUGUGUAUGUAAAAUUCUAACCUGGAAAACGUAAGAUUUAUAUAUUGAAGAUUUUCUUGAAAAUAAUGUGUAAAUUAAAAUAAUGACUGACGGAGAAAGUUUGGAAAAACUGUUGGUUUACCAACAAGAUCUUGUUGCAGAAGAGGAGUGUAUAAAGAAAAUGAUUGAUAAAUUAAAUGCUCAAGCUCAUGCUCUUCAAGUUGAGCAGUUGCAUAUUCUAAAUGCAAUCAAUAGCAAGGUACAAGAAACUAAUGAAACUACAACCAAUGGAACCAAUGCUCUAUUAAAAAAAGAAAUCGAUCCUCUUUCACAAAAGCUUGAUUUAACAGUGUCAAGGUAUCAGAGUAGUGAAGAAGAUGAAGAUGACAUGGAAGACUGAUU